AUCGCAUCUCUGGCAGCCAUUUUAAGUGGCGGCCGUCCAGUCUGAUGGUGGACACUGAGAUCCCCGUGGAUCUAUAUCAACAGCUUGGCAAGGUGAGGUUGUACUUUCAAUCCUACUAUCCUGUUUACCACAAGCCGGAAAGCACCUUCUCCAAGGUGGGGACACCGCCUCUGCGCCGUAGCAAACGAGUAUUCGUUUGUUCAGUACAGUGCUGACAGUUGCAGUUCCGACCGAGUUAUCGUGGUUGUUGCUCCAUGAUUUGAAUGAGCAUCAUCCUUCCGCGACUAUUGACAGUGAUCAAUUGUAGACGCCAUGGCCAUUUCAUGCAUGACUUCAAAGUGGCUUCCACCUAGUCGCCCCUACACGGUCCAAAAGUACAUACAGAAAUCGUGUAGCCCUUACUUCGCGGAACUAGCAGAACGGCCUCCUCGUAGCAUCUCGUUGUCUAUACAUCGCCAAGCACAGUAUACCAGUAUGCAUCGCCAAGCACAACGUACCGGCAUCCAUCGCCAAGUCCUCGAUCGCCAAAGUCGCCAAGUCGCCGUUGCAUAUAACAAUCCAAAUCUGAAGACCCUCGAGACUAUACAGGAAUGCCGGGGUACGGUGACAUACCCUCUCAUAUACGGCACAACCUUCGAGUUUGAGAAAUCAACAGAGCAAGUGUUGGCCGCUGUCAAAGCUGGAGCUAACUGUCGAGAUGAUGACCAAAUCCUCGCCCUUCCGCAAGGAGAAAAGCCCGUUUGGGAGAUCGGUGUGAGGACGCUACGGGGAAUUGCGGAUAAGAGUGGGGCUUGAAGAUCUGAGGGUAUUCGGAUCAUGGAUGCGUUUGUGGUAUACUGCUUCGUGUUCCAAGGAACAGGCAUGACGAGAUCAUACCUUUGAAAUCAACACUGAGGAGGCAUGCUGAG